AUGUCAAUUUUGUCGUUUUCAAAAAAUACCUCAUUCUCUGAAACUCCCCAGCUAGGCAAGGUUAUUAUAAAUGGUAGGUAGUGAAAGAAGAGUGUGGCAAUAAAAGGGUUAAUCUGCAGAGCACAGAGCCAUCUGGCUGAGCUGGUUUGUUAUAAUCGAGCAGAUUAUGUUCACGGGACUCAGAGUUUAAGGCUCCUCUCCCAUAGAGCAGCUCUGCACAACCCAAGCAGACCAACUUUGUGACUUUGAAUGAACAUAUUUACAUCCACCUUUCUCUUCAUGUCGACUUUUCUGGAAACAUUCACACGGAUGCCAUGGUUACUCCUACCACGAUCUUACAGGUGAACAAGGUGAUGUCCAUCUUGUUUUAUGUGAUAUUUCUUUCUUAUCUUCGUGGCAUCCAGUCUACCAACAUGGAUCAAAGGAGUUUGCCAGAAGAUUCAAUAAAUUCUCUCAUUAUAAAACUCAUUCAGGCAGACAUUUUGAAAAACAAGCUUUCUAAGCAGAUAGUAGAUAUAAAGGAAAACUAUCAAAACACAGUGAAGAAAGUAGAGACUCAGCAGGACGUGGAUGGAGAUGAAAAUGUGAAAUCUGACUUCCAGCCAGUUAUCUCAAUGGAUACAGAUCUCCUAAGGCAGCAGAGACGCUACAACUCUCCCCGAGUCCUCUUGAGUGACAACACACCGCUGGAACCACCACCGCUGUACCUCAUGGAGGAUUAUAUUGGAAAUUCAUUGGUGGUGAACAGAACCUCUCGGAGGAAAAGAUAUGCGGAGCACAAGAGCCAUCGAGGGGAAUAUUCUGUUUGUGACAGUGAAAGCUUAUGGGUCACGGACAAAUCAUCUGCUAUCGACAUUAGAGGACACCAGGUAACUGUGCUGGGAGAAAUUAAAACAGGCAACUCUCCAGUUAAGCAAUACUUUUAUGAAACAAGGUGUAAAGAAGCCAAGCCUGUUAAAAAUGGCUGCCGAGGCAUUGAUGACAAGCACUGGAACUCUCAAUGCAAGACAUCCCAAACAUAUGUUAGGGCACUGACUUCAGAAAACAAUAAACUUGUAGGCUGGAGGUGGAUAAGAAUAGACACCUCCUGUGUGUGCGCCUUGUCAAGAAAAAUAGGAAGAACAUAAAUCUGCAACUCUUUGAUAUAUAAAUUAUUACUUUAAAUUAUAUGAUAUGCAUGUAGCAUAUAAAUGUUUAUAUUGUUUUAUAUAUUAUAAGUUGACCUUAUUUAUUAAACUUCAGCAGAUCUACAGUAUAUAAGCUUUCUCUCCCAAUAAACAAGAGUAAAGGGUAUGUGCCUCUGCUGUGGGCAACUCCGGAUUUUUUUAGACUAUGUUUGUGACACUGCUUGUUGGCAGCAUACCGUAACCUGACUGUAAAUUCUGUGUAAAAUCAGUAUUCUUCAUUCAGUAUUGUCAAGCCAGUGACUGUCAUUUAGUAAACUUGUUAAAAAUCAGAUCAAUGUCAAGAGUUGUGUACAUAUUUAUAUCCCUUGCUCUAUACAUUCACGUUUAAUUGGAUGCAGUGUUGACUCCUCACUGCCAAAAUGAAAAGGAACCAAAAUAUGUGUUGUAGCCUGCAGCUGAUGUCAAUGUCAAAGGCAUCAAGUAGCUGUAAAAUACAAUUUCUGUGUGUUAUGCCAGUUUUGCCAAUGAAAUGACCAUUUUCCCGCCGUUAGCAUUUCAGAAUAAAUGCUAACAGUCCAGUAACUGUCCUUUACAUUUUUAAAGCACAUUUGUUUUGCAACUGUUUCUAAUGCUGCCAGUUAGAAACAACAUUAAAAAAAAUAAAUUUAAAAAAUAUUCGUAACUAAGUUACUGAAGCCAAGAACCGAUCUAAACUGAUCAUUAAUGUAAUACAUAAAAUAUGAUUUCUUCAGAAUAUAGUUUUUAUUGUGAUUGACCUCUUCCUCCUCACACUAAUCUAUUAUUUUCAGCUUGAAUUGUUACAUCAUUUCUCUCUGUUUUAAUUUUUAAAUUAGAAAAAAAGCUGGUGCUGUCUUAACAUUAAAAGAGCCCUUGGCUAAAGAAUUUUAGCAAAGAUAUGAUAUUAUGGAAUGGAUAUCAAAGCCACACACCUAUACAAAGCUGUUUGUCUACUUGACAACUCAUUGCCCAUUUUUAAUGGAGGGAAAAAUGUGUAGAACUGCUCAGCAAACCUGGUACCUUUCAUAGGGACUUUUUUUGUGUGUGUGUUUGUUACCUUUCAUAGGGACUUGUGCAUGUGUGUGUGUGUGUGCGUGUGUGUGAUUCAAAUUCAGGUAGUCCAUAGUUACAAUGAAGUUCUUCAGUCCCACUGGUGUGAGCUGUUACUUAGAGCAGACAGAUGUACUUGCAUAUACCUCAGACUAUUUUUUUGCAUUGUCAUGUAGCUCCACUGGAGACACUAACAAUUACACUGCCUAAAGGGAUGGCCUACUAUACAUUAUCCUGGAUGGUAUCUUACUCCCAUGAAGGUAAAUUAGAGUCUUGUCAUGGAUAUCAACAGAAUUAAGAUUGAACCACAUAUGUUAUCUGUGCCUAGUUAGAUCGUAAUCCACAAGAAGGGCUGAAAAAUGCCAGUCCUUCAAAAAAGUAUCUGUAGUGGUCUUUAGUUCUUACAUUACAGCUUUCAUUGCUGUAACAUGUUCAGCAUCACAAAUGAAAAUAAGAUCAGGGUACCCAAAAACAUGGCACUAGAAUGCCUUUAAUCAUAUCAUUUUCACUACUGGAGAACCAACUUCAAAUCUGCAGCAGGUCAUCAAAGGCAACAAGUUGUGUGGUCUUCCCUAAUCCCUAACAGAGAGCCUUACACAUUAUAAAACCACUGGGAAAGUGGACAGGUUACUCAUGAACCCAAGCAUGGGAAAAGAUGUGACUCUGAAAACCGGGUUGGAAUGUGUAGGUACAAUUUUGUAGCGGAGGCCAUAAAAAAGUUUUUUUGAGAACCCUCUCAAUUUUCAACAUGCAGUCAGGGUUUUUUACCUCACAUGAAAUCAUCUUGCUGGACUAAAAUCUAGCUUUGGUUUUAACAAUAAUAGCUUCAGAGAUUUGAUACCAAGGCAAUCAUUAAAAGGCAGGAGGUGAUUCAAUAUAACAAGCAGCUCACUAUCUAAUAAAUCUGACUAGAUUUUUUUCCUGAACUCUCUUUCCUUGGAAAACAAAUAAACAAACAAAAAAUCCUCAACAGAACUUUUCUUAUUUUUUUACCAGUAGACAUGUUUAAGUUUCAACAGGGAAAAAAAGAAAAAAAAAAAAAGAAAAAAAAAAGAAAGAAAAGAAAAACCUUACCCAUUCAUUUUGCUGCUUGUGGGGAAAAACAUAUUUUUAAGAGGCCUGUUCCACUGAUUUUUUUUCCAAGUUAUAAACCUAAUUUUACAACCUGAAUUCCCAAGUAAAUAUUAUUUUCAGGUGUUGCAAGUAAUUGAGAGCAGAUAUUGUCAUGGAUCAUUAACUUUAGAUUCUUCCGUGUGGCAAGUAGGUCUGUGUCCAUAUGAGAAGAGGAGGUAAGAACACUAAGUGAGCUUGGUUAGACAGUGUUACUUCCAGACCGUGAAUCCAUUAAUUAGUGACUUCAUUGACUUCAUUGUUCCUACUUGGUGGGUGAUGCUCUUGCUUACAUCACUUUAAACACAGAGAAAGUAUAUUGAAUACAGGUGAGAAAAUGUAUUAUUAUAACAACAUAAGUAACAUCAGAAUCAAUCCUAAUGUUGUUCUUUCUGCUCACUGAAAAUCAAGGGAUGUUCAUUCUGUUAGGUUCAAAGAAAACAAUUUAUUGAUCCAGUAGCAGGAACUGGUCUUCAAUUCUUAACUUUACCAAUGCAUCAAGUGUUUUACAAGUGGCCAACAAAAACUUUUCAGAUUAAAUUUAUCACCGAUCAUCUGAAACAUAUUAAAUGAGAAAGAAAAGGUUAUUAGAUCGUCUACCUCUUUCCCACCUCAGUAUAAAAAUGAAUGGAAGUAUUACCCUUUGGAUCUGAUCCAACUUCCACUAAAGUCACUGAAAAAAAUCUCACUGACUACAGGGGAAGCAGCAUCAGGCCAUGAGUGAAGAAAAACCUGCAGAUCUCAACCAGAGAGCAGAGCAAUCACACACAUCAGUUAAAUGUUCUUGUAAAUCCUGUGUACACAUAAGAUGCUGUAUAAUUUUGUAACAAGUUUGUAAACAAAGCCUGUAAUAAAUUUGUUAAGGCCUAAUUCUGUUUUCACU